UAGUGAUAAAUAUUAGUUUUAUUUUUAUUGGUUUCUUUUAUUUUAUAUACAAAUUGUGUAAAAUUUGCAUUUAUUUUUAGUGUAUAAAUGAAAGUUAGCAAAUAGAUUAAUUCCUUAAGUGCAAAUGAAAAUGUGCGAUGGAUCGGAGGAAUGUUGCAGUGAGUAAUGCGAAAGACAAGCUGGAAGCGGAAGCGAUACACUCCAACGAACAGCUAUUAUCCUUCGAAUUGCGAAGUAAAGACAUACAAUGGGCGAGCUAUGUAACUCCUUUGGCGGCUCGCAUUUCGCCAAUAUAUCUACAAAGACAAUAUCAAUUGAUGAGUAAUUACAGAGAACCAAUUGGAAACCACAAUAGACGCGAAGUUCUAGUCUGUCACGAUAUGAUGGGAAAUUAUCUGGAAGAUCGACAUUACCACUCAUCUAAGAAGUAUGAUGACUACCGUUUUUACCAUUGGGCCGGAAUCGACUACUUCUGUUACUUUAGUCAUAAUUAUAUCACAAUACCGCCAUGUGGAUGGUUAAACGCCGCGCACAAACAUGGGGUACGAGUUUUGGGCACAUUUAUUACCGAAAGUGGGCACUCAAACUUGUUAAACGAAGUGCUGCAGUCAAAGGAAAUGGUAGAUAAGAUUGUCGAAGCAAUGGUGAAAUUGUGUAAGCAUUAUUGCUUCGAAGGUUGGCUGGUUAAUGUCGAAUGCAAAGUUAAAUUAGAAGAUAUGGAAAACCUUUACUACCUCGUAGAACGCUUACGCUCAACUGUGGAAAGUGAAGUGGAACGCGGUGUGGUGUUCUGGUAUGACAGCAUCAUUGAUACCGGUGACCUGAGAUGGCAAAAUGAAAUUAAUGCAAAAAAUGUGCGUUUUUUUCGUGCCGCGCAUGGCAUGCUAAUCAAUUAUACUUGGAAUGAUAGAAGUCUAGAGAUGACAACGGAAAUUUGUGAGCGCUCACAAGCUCAAUGUCAGCGUGCCUUUUUUGGCAUCGAUGUCUUUGGACGUGGUCAAGUUGCCAAGUUUCAGUGUAAACAAACCUUGGCACGCAUUGUGAAUCAACGAUUUUCAACGGGCAUAUUUGCACCGGCCUGGACAUAUGAAACACUACAAAUGUUUGGGUACAAUAUAAAACAACCGUUGGGAGAUGACAGCGUAAAUGAUGCUUUCUUGCGCCGCAAUGAAAAAUUUUGGUGCUCUUUAUGGGAACAUUUGGCUACACAUCCCUACCAUAUAUUACCGUUUUAUUCUGAUUUUUGUUUGGGUUCAGGAAAAAGUACAUAUGUAAAUGGUCGCGCAAAGAGUAGUGUGAGCGGCAGUGGUGGCGGUGAUGGUGAACAGUUUUUUAAUUUAUCACGCUGUUCGCUACAGCCAUCAGUACCGCUAUAUCAGCUUGCUGAGCGCUUCUAUUCCGACGCUUUCAAUGGCGGCUCGUGCCUCCGAAUAUUACAGUAUAAUAAUAGUUUCCGUGUGUUUGUUGCCGAUUUCAAACUACAAAGUGGUGGACUUGUUUUUGCCUACGCCUAUAAGCUACAACCAAGGGAUGGCGAAUUCGACUGCAUUUUGCGUUUUUGUACGAGAAAUAAUGCACGCGAUUGUUAUCUUUUCUUGGGUGAUUAUUACGAUACAACGAAUUUGCAAAAAGGACGCUGCUACGUCUCACCAUUAAAGCCGAAAUAUUAUAAUCUAUUGCAUAGCAAUAAGUUAGAUACACCAAAAAUUCCCAAAGAAAUUUCGCUGCCUGAAAAUAUGGCAAAUGGGUGGCGCGUACGUUAUUAUGUGGUGGCUUUUGAUGGCGCCAUUCAAGUGAAGGAUAUUGGUCUGCUGUAUCGUCGAAGUGCAGAAGCAACAGACACUGCCUACUUAGGUGCGGUCUACCUGAAUGAGUGUGAUGUGAAUACGCUUGACUUCCCACAAGAUAGCAAUAUUGCAUUGAUACAAAUUUAUGGAGAGGAUUUGCUUAAUUAACUUUUGAAGAUAAGGUCCAACAGUAGUCAAAAGUCAGUAAAAUUUUGCUCUUUUUGGCUUUUGAUUAGUAUUUUUUU